CCUAUUACUCCCCUCUGGGAGGCGGCCAUUGGCUGCACCCCGAGAGCGCUGAGCUCUGAUUGGGGGCGGGCCGCUGCCAGUCACAGCAAAGGCUGGCAUGAGGACUGUGCGUUGUGAGGAGUGUACAGGACUGACCUACUAACACAGAUCCCUCUCCAGCGGCGGCGGCAGCAGCAGCACCAGCAGACACGUUCGCUCCCUCGCUGAGACAGAAGUUGCUCCACUCCCCGGACUGGUGCAAGGGGCUUCGCAGCCACUCGCUCCGAGUUCUCUCGCCCCGCUCCCCACAGCGAUCGGGAGGAGAACAGAGGCAAAUGCCAGCGGUCUGCUGGAAGGAUACCGCUUAUUUCAUUCUGCCAGUGGCGAUUAUGAAGGUUACUUAGAAGGUUCCCAUUAGAUCUUUCAAGAAGUAAAUUGGAUCUGAACAUUCUUCUGUUUGAUAAUAUGAAACAAAAGGAAUAAUGCAUAUGGAUUUAAAAGUACUGUAUUUAUUAGGUAGUUAUGGUUUGAGAAGCACUGGGAAAACAGCUCACUCUGUUACUCAUCAUAGAUCUACUAAAAAUUGUUUCUGAUGCAGCUGAGAAAAAUGCAGACCAUUAAAAAGGAACAGGCACCUGUUGACACUAGUAGCAAUGUGGACAAAAUCAUGGUUCUUAAUUCUACUUUAGCAGAAGUGUCAGAAGACUUGGCUACAAAUGAAGACAUAAUACUUAAUGAAGGAAAUAGUGGAAAAAACAAAUCUUCAUCAUGUCGGAGAAAGCGGGAAUUCAUUCCAGAUGAAAAGAAAGAUGCUAUGUAUUGGGAAAAAAGACGAAAAAAUAACGAAGCUGCCAAAAGAUCUCGUGAAAAACGACGACUGAAUGACCUUGUCUUAGAGAACAAACUAAUUGCAUUAGGAGAGGAGAAUGCCACAUUAAAGGCUGAGCUGCUUUCAUUGAAGCUAAAGUUUGGUUUAAUUAGCUCUGCAGCAUAUGCCCAAGAGAUACAGAAGCUCAGUAAUUCAACAGCUGUGUAUUUCCAGGACUAUCAAACUUCCAAAUCAAAUAUUAACUCAUUUGUGGAUGAACAUGAACCAUCUAUGGUGGGUAGUAGUUGUAUUUCUGUCAUCAAACACUCUCCACAAAGCUCUUUAUCUGAUGUGUCUGAAGUAUCCUCAGUAGAGCAUAUUCAAGCAAGUCCUAUACAGAACAAUUGCAGAAGUCCUGAAAAUAAGUUUCAAGUUAUAAAGCAGGAGCCUAUGGAAUUGGAGAACUAUGCAAGAGAGUCAAGAGAUGAUAGAGGCUCCUAUGCAGCAUCCAUGUUUCCAAACUACAUAGUAAAUACCUUUAAUGGGUACUCACAUUCCCCUCCUCUGCUGCAAGUUAAUAGGUCCUCCAGUAAUUCUCCAAGAACUUCAGAAGCUGAUGAUGUGGUCAUAGGAAAGUCAUCUGAUGGAGAAGAUGAACAGCAGGUCCCUAAAGGUCCAAUUCAUUCCCCAGUUGAACUUAAAAAUGUUCAUGCAACAGUUAAAGUUCCAGAGGUGAACUCUUCUGCACUGCCUCACAAGCUUCGAAUUAAGGCCAAAGCCAUGCAAAUCAAAGUGGAAGCAAUGGAUAAUGACUAUGAUGCCACACAGAAACUAUCAUCACCAGUUGACAUGACAUCUAAAACACAUUUCGAGAUUGAAAAGCACAAUGCACAAAAAUUGGUACAUUCUUCUCACACUCCUUUCUCUGUUCAAGUGACUAAUAUACAAGACUGGUCUCUCAAACCAGAACAUUGGCACCCAAAGGAACUCAAUGUAAAAAUUCAGAGUGGUUGCAAAACUGGAGUUGUUGAAAUUAAAGACAAUGUCUACAAAGUAUCUGAGUCAGAGAACUUGUAUUUGAAGCAGGGCAUAGCAAACUUAUCUGCAGAGGUUGCUUCACUUAAAAGACUUAUAACUACACAACAAAUCUCUGCUUCAGACUCUGGUUAAGUUACUACUGAUUAAAGGCUUAUUGUUUUAAAGGAUGUCAUUUGCAGUAGAUCAAUAUGUUUUGUAUUAUGCUGAAUUUUCACUGGACUUGUGAUGUCAGUUCACUGUAAUGUUCAUAUAAUGUCUGAUUGAUGGUGUCUUUUUGUGCACAAAUUAUUAUGAAGACUAGGUUGUGUUAUGAUCACUAUGCCUUGUGUAUAGUCAAGUAGCCUGUAUGGGGGCUGUAUAUAGUGAACCUUUUCUUUUUCUUGUUGUUGUUGUUGUUGUUCUAUUAUAAAGUGUGCAAGUUACCAGUUACAAUAAAAUAUUGGUGACAAACACAGAA